CGAGCGAGACCAUACAAGAGCAGCAGGGGCUGCAAGGCAGGCAGGCAGGCACAGGCACAGGCGCAGGGGGACAGGCGGGGCAAGGAAGUCGAUCGAGGACGACGAGACGAGACGAGACGAGGGCCGAGGGGUGCAGGUCUCGGGGUUUUGGCGGAAGACAUACAAGAGAAGAGAAGAGAGGGGACGAGGGGACGAGGGGAGGAGAGGCGAGGGGAGGGCUGUGCAGGGAACGGGGUGGGGGCGGGGGUGAGAGGGAGGGAAGCGAGGGACUGAUCUGUGCAGGCGUGAAAGGGCGGGCGGGGGAGCGAGAGUUGGGCUGGAGAGGGCAGCCGUUGGGGCUGUAGAAGUUGCGUUUGCGUAGUGGUUGUGGUCGGUCGUCGCGGUUCAGAUUUUCCGAAAUCAGCAUGACGUCGCCCUGCUGCUUUCAAAUAUGACAGAACCCGUAUUUCUCUUUGGAUCCUUUACAGAAGAUGAGGCGCAACAACUUCAGGCCUCUGUACCCGAAUCCCCCAGUCCCAAGGGAAGUCAUCGUUCUCUCAAGCCUGCUCUGAAAGAAAAUGGGUUCCAUUCUGCACACAACCAUCCUUCCGAGCUGAAGAUUGCACCAAAGGCUGCCCCGUCGAAAGUCGCUGCGGCUGCUCAGAAUGGGCUCAGUCCAGCUCCGAAAAGUGUGUCGAAACCUAACAGUUCGAUUGUGGGCAAUGGGAAGCAGCCAGAGUCUGCCAAUGCCCCGUCGAGGAUCGCGGGCCGCGGUGUCAAGAAACAAGUUCUUUCGCCCGCUGUAGGGUUGGGUCCUCAGAAAGGUGGCAAACAGGUUGAUGCGAAAUCGUCUGCUGCGAAUAAUCACAUCGCAGAGAAUCCACUGAAGAGAAUUGUGAACAAUGGUGCUGCAGACCUUGGAUAUCAUGCAGGUAGGACGCCGUCCAGUAGCCAAGAUUUCUCCGUGGCAAACGGGCAAGGGCCACCACGUGCAGUUGUUACGCCUCUCAAUCAAAAUGGGACGGUAUCAGGGAAAUUGGGAACCAAGGAAGAGGCUGUCAUCACUUCUUCUGUGUCGUCGCAAUUGGCGAUAGCACCGAAGAGCAUUUUGGGAUCCGAUGAGAACUCAGCGAAAUCUUCUCAAGGAAAGGAGGGUUCGGACCUGGUCCGUAUAAGGACUACUUCGGAUGGCGAGUCAGAUGGAGUGGCCUCUGAGUUCAUGCCGAAGUCAUGGGCAGCUCUCGUUUCUGUACCUACAGAUUCUGCAGACAUGGAUGGAGCAUCUGGUUCUCUCAGAAGAAAACCCAAGGAUGCCCAGAAACGUCAACCCGUUUCUCCACAGAGCCAGGUUCCAGCAGUCACAGUUUUGAGCGGGGACAUCUGGUUGAAAAGUUUACGAAAGGCGGACACCGCUGGUCGGAGAUUACUACCAAGAGGGUUAGUGAACACCGGGAAUUCGUGUUUUUUGAAUUCCACUAUGCAAGCUAUGCUUUCAUGCCCAGCCUUUACGCACCUUCUGCAAGUGCUGAAAGACCGCACAGUUCCUCAGCAUGGGUAUCCUACGCUUCAGGCUUUCCUUAACUUCUUUGGAGAGUUUGAACCCUUACCGGAUACAAAUGCAUUGAAAGUCAGGCGGGAGGUUGAUGGAAAGGUUCCCGCAGUGGAAGUUGGGAGACCGUUCGUUCCAGCUAUGUUCGAUGGAAUUCUUCAGAGUUUUACACCAGACCAGCCCCUUCGAGCUAAGGGCAGAAACAGGCAAGAAGACGCACAGGAGUUUCUGAGUUUUGUGAUGGAUCGCAUGCACGAAGAAAUUUUGCGACUACAAGGCAAUGAUUCUCCAGUUUCGCAGUCAUCACCAUCAGGUCCAUCAUUUGAGGAUGGAGACUGGGAAAUGGUAGGGCCAAAAAACCGAACAUCUGUGACUCGCACUCAUCAAUUUAGUGAAUCCGCCGUCACUGAUAUUUUCGGAGGUCAACUUCGAAGCGUUGUGAAAACCAAAGGAAAUAAGGCGUCUGCAACUGUUCAGCCAUUUAUGGUUUUGCACCUAGACAUUGUACCAGAGUUUGUGCACUCUGUUGAAGAUGCUCUGCGGAUGUUUGCCGCUCCCGAGUCUCUUGAAGGAUAUAAGCCAGCAACUGCUAAGGUUGGUGAGGUAGUGGCAGCCAGCAAGUCUGUUAAAAUUCAGACACUUCCAAGGGUUUUGAUUCUUCAUCUGAUGCGAUUCAGCUAUGGCAGCUCUGGUUCUAGCAAACUUCACAAACCUGUGCAAUUCCCGCUCGAAGUUACGUUGGGUCGCGAACUACUCGCUUCUUCUACAGGCUCAGGGAACGAGUCUCGCAGGUACGAGCUCGUUGCAACAGUUUCACAUCAUGGAAAAGAUCCGUCUGUAGGGCACUACACUACUGAUUCGAAACAGGCUAGUGGACAAUGGCUGCGCUUCGACGACGGAGCUGUCUCUGCAAUCAGUGUCAAUCGCGUCCAACAGGAGCAGGUUUACGUCCUUUUUUACAAACGUUUGGGCGUAUAGUCGCAUUGUUUUGAUCUAUUUGAUUCGUAUCUGGAGGAUGGGAAAAGGUGAUUGCUGCAAAUAAGCAGCAAAUACUCCCCUGUACAAAUGAGAGGACACAGUAGGGUAUUCUUUCGCUUUGUUUUGUGACGAGGAGGAUGAGCAGGUAGGUAGAUCAUUGCCUAGGUGAGAUGGAGGUGACACAUACAAGUGACCAUUGAUUCAAGUUUAUUAUAGGCUUGCACGGAACUUGGCCUGGUGCAAUUGUACCUAACUCAAUAAAACAAGUAAAUCGACAAAAUAUC